GACAUCAAACAUCCGGCAACAUCCCCAGCUCCCCUCCAUAUUGGAAAGAGAAAUCAACGACCCUGACAAGGCUCAAAUACUCUUUUUUCCAGCCUCUACCAUCUGUUUCCGCCUCCGCCUCAUCACCCAUUGCUAGCGCUUCAAGUUGUCACCGAUCAUUCCAAAUCACAAAAAAUGCUUAUCAAAGUCCGAACACUGUCAGGCAAGGAGAUGGAGCUGGACAUAGAACCAGACUACAAGGUAUCCCGCAUAAAGGAACGUGUUGAGGAAAAAGAGGGCAUCCCACCAUCACAACAGCGGCUGAUCUUUGGCGGGAAACAAAUGGCCGACGACAGGACUGCUGCGGAAUACAAUCUCGAAGGCGGCUCAACGCUACAUUUAGUCCUCGCUCUUCGCGGAGGAGUGUUAUAAUUUUGUCUUCUAUUUCAAGAAAAGGAAAUUGAAAAGAAAAAAAAAA